AUGAAUGGAAUUUUUGUUCUCUCAGGUGGAAUAAAUGUGGCACGCAAUAAGCCAGCUGAUGGAAGUCACAUUGGCAAGACUCGUGAGAAAACACCAACUCCCGGCCAUAAAGGUCAAUCAACAAAACAGCAAGCUCAUUCAGCAAAGCAACCGCCAAUGGGCAAACAAGCAUCCGGCAAACAAGGUAGCAUCUCGAUUUCAAAGGGUUCGCUUCAAAAAUCAGCAUCGUCGAUAGAUGAUGGACGUGAUUAUUAUCCACCAGCACCAAAACCUGGUCAGCGCAACAAGAAAAACAAGAAGAAGACAUACGAGCUUUAUGUUAAAAUCGAUAUUGUGAGUAAAUAUAAUCAGUAG